CUUCUCCUGUUUCUUCUACGCUAGAGGGAGGGGAGCUGAACUCGUAGCUACUCUGGGAGGGAGGGCCUAAAGGGAUGUUAGGAAACCAAAUCAAACGGCAGGUGGGAAACAGAGCUGCCGGGAUAUUGUUAUUAACGGGGUUAUUCCUGUUAUUUGGGUUUCAUUACAUCCCUGUUGAACACCACCGGAUUCAGAGAAGGGCGAGGACAGCGGUUGAUUGACAAGAAAGAAAGAAAGAAAGAAAGAAAGAAAGAAAGAAACGAAACGACCGCUUGUGUGGGAGCGUGCACAGAUUCCCCAAAAAAGCAUCCUCUCUACUUUUGUGACACUAACCAGCUGCUUGCCUUGUAAACUAAAAUUGCAAUCACAGAGCCAAGGAUCACCGGGAAGCGCUAUAGACGCGACGGGAACCCUCACUUAAAAAUACAGUGUCAAGAUGCCGUUGCUUCUGUCAUCUGCACACUGACGGACUAAACUUCGUUUUCAUUUUUUUUUUGACUACGAUACAACAGCCCGGUGGUUGUGUUUUUGUUUUGUUUUUUUUUUGUUUGUUUUAAUGCUCCUGCGAUUGUGGGAAACUUCCCGACUGCAGCCCGCUGGACUGUCAGAUUUGCAGAACUGGUGGGAGGUCUUUCUUGUCAUCUGUGGUUCAGACUUGCAUUGAAGAACGUCCCAGGAACUUUUACGCGUAUGCCUGGACAGACAAACUGACAAAGUGGUCCCUGCGCAGGGCAAAGCCGGGACGGGAUAAAGUCAAGACUCGCACCGCAGAUUCGCUCUCACAGUGAAGCACUCUCUUUAAAAAAAAAAAAAAUUCUUAUGAAGCAGAUCAAUCGAGGGCUUCUACAGAAUCAACUGUAAUGCAUUUAAAAGAGACCGUAUAGAAAGACAAAACUAAUAUUUACACCUAAAUAUCCACACGCAGUUACUGCAUUAUUUGUAUGUUUAAUACGAACGCAUAAUCAUAUUGAGUAGACUGGUAACUUCUGUUUAAAAUUAAGAUAAUUCAGUUAUUUUACGCCUGAAUUUUGUUUGAUUGUUUUGCACAACAUGUUAAAUUCCAUCUUACUCCACAUAAUGUAAUAUAAUUUAAAAAACGCAAUCAAAGGUUACUCUAAAAGUACAGCUUUUUUUUUAAAAAAAACAUAACUGUUUCUGAUUGAUGUUUGUAAUUAUAGUUUUGUAAUUAUAUAGACUAGCAACAUUAACAACACACACACGCAAUAUCGAUACUAUGACUUAACUUGAAAGUUGGAAAUCACAACAAAGACAUCAAGUCGAGCAGGGUUUUCCUUUUUUUUAUUUAAAAAAUAUAUAUAUUAUGUUAGGAACCCCGGCCAACAACGGCGGGAUCAGUGACGAGAGGCGGGUCGAGUUCGUAGCCCUGACCGCAGUCCACACGGAGAGGAGCGAGCCGUCUACCCCGGAGCGCGGCCAUCCUCCACACCGCACUGGGCUCCUCGGAACGCCGCGACCAGUCGUCCCGAGAGCCCGGACAAACAGUUCUUGCUCCAACAAGCGCUACAGAAAACUACAAAACUGUCUUUACAACGUGCUGGAGAGACCCAGAGGAUGGGCUUUCAUAUACCAUGCUUUCAUAUUCCUGCUUGUGCUUAGCUGUCUGGUGCUGUCUGUGUUUUCUACUAUUCCAGAACACCAAACACUAGCAAACGAAGGCCUGUUCAUUCUGGAGUUUGUGAUGAUCAUUGUGUUCGGGCUGGAGUACAUCAUCAGGGUCUGGGCUGCAGGAUGCUGCUGUCGGUACCGGGGAUGCCAGGGCCGUCUGCGAUUCGCCAGGAAACCCUUCUGUGUCAUAGAUUUCAUCGUGUUCGUGGCCUCGGUGGCAGUGAUCGCGGCCGGCACGCAAGGGAACAUCUUCGCCACGUCGGCGCUGCGCAGCAUGAGGUUCCUGCAGAUCCUCCGCAUGGUGCGCAUGGACCGACGCGGCGGCACGUGGAAGCUGCUGGGCUCCGUGGUCUACGCCCACAGCAAGGAGCUGAUCACAGCCUGGUACAUCGGCUUCCUGGUCCUCAUCUUCGCUUCGUUUUUGGUCUACCUGGCCGAGAAGGAAGUCAACACGGAGUUCGCCACCUACGCAGACUCCCUCUGGUGGGGGACGAUCACUCUGACAACGAUUGGCUACGGAGACAAGACCCCGCGUACCUGGCUGGGGCGCAUGCUGGCCGCGGGCUUCGCCCUGCUGGGGGUCUCCUUCUUCGCACUGCCAGCUGGGAUCCUCGGGUCAGGCUUUGCCUUGAAGGUUCAGGAGCAGCAUCGUCAGAAGCAUUUUGAAAAGAGACGGAUUCCGGCAGCCAACCUGAUUCAGGCUGCCUGGCGUCUGUACUCGACCGACGUGAACCGAUCCUACCUGACUGCCACCUGGUAUUUCUACGACACCAUGCUGCCCUCUAUCAGAGAACUGUCUAUCCUGUUCAGUCAUCUUCCCCGCACACGCCACGAGGCUUUACGAAACUCCAAGAAGAAAUUCCACGAGAACUCCUCCCAGAACCACGGCCUGCUCGGGGGCCACAAGCCCUACACGUCAGAGUACCUGAUGGGGGAAAGCGGGAAGAUAGGAUUCCGAGAUCGGAUCCGGAUGAACAAUUCCCGCAGCCAGGGGUUCCGGAGCAAGCCGCCGCAGGCUGUCCCGGGGGUCCGGCUCUCCCCCAGCACAGAGAACGCUCCCGGGCUCACCAAGGUCCAGAAGAGCUGGAGCUUCAAUGACCGCUCCCGCUUACGCACCUCUCUGCGGCUCAAACCCAGGCCCGCCACGGAGGUGGACGGUACUGGGGAGGACAGCAAUGAUGAUAAAGCCUACCAGUGUGACCUGACCAUGGAGGAGAUCAUGCCUGCGGUGAAGACUCUAAUCCGAGCCUUGCGUAUUCUGAAGUUUCUGGUGGCCAAGCGGAAGUUCAAGGAGACGCUGAGACCCUACGAUGUGAAGGACGUGAUCGAGCAGUACUCUGCCGGACAUCUGGACAUGCUGGGGAGGAUCAAGAGUCUGCAGACACGGGUGGAUCAGAUCGUGGGUCGGGGGGUGAUCACGGCCGACAAGAAGGUGAGGAGCGAGAAAGGGGAGAAGACCCCCUCUGAACUGGAUCCAGUGGACGAGCUGAGCAUGAUGGGAAGAGUGGUGAAGGUGGACAAGCAGGUGCAGGCCAUUGAGCUCAAGCUGGAUCUGCUCCUCAACUUCUACACACAGUGCCUGAAGAAGGGCUCCUCGUUCACGCUGUCCGCCAUGCAGCUGCCUCUCGUGGAGCCAGACCUGACCUCGGACUACCACAGCCCUGUGAACCAUGGGGACCACGGAGACCUCUUCACCUCCCACCAGACCCUGGACUUCCAGCAGUCCGAGAGCUCCAAUCUGGAGUUUGAGAGCUGAGCGGGGCCUGGGGCCUGGGCCCUGCACAUACAGCCUCUCCCUUUCUCCGCCUUGGAUAGACACAACAUGCCUACAAAUAAUAUGCAAAGUUGGAUUGUGGUUUUUUUUUUUUAUUAUUCUUUUUUAAUUUUUUUUAUUGGUCAUUUUUUUGUUUUGUUUACUGCUACAGACUAGAACCUAAACUGAAACAACAACAAGAACAACAGUUGUCAGGAAAUUUGUUUUUCCACUCAGCUCGCUGUGGCAUUCCGGUCUUUGAUACCAAAACGCGUCAAUUGUUGACUUCCUUACUUUAGAAAGCAACUUCCUUUCGAGGGCAUUUUAUGAAAAUGUGCAAACCAAAUUUUUCUUUUUUUUUUUUUUUUUUUUUUUAGAAAAAAAAGAUUACAAAACCAACAACAACAUCAAAAAAAAUCUUUCAGAACAAUUCCGACCCCCCGUUUGAUUUGUCGUCCCGAGGUAGAAACGGACCUCUCUUGCUCCGUCCUCCACGAUAUCACAACGAACAAGCCGUUCCCGGUGGUCUACGACCCUUGCAUGGUAACCAUAGUUACAACUUUACAACCAGUGGGAUCAUGGUAAAAACGACAACAACAGGAUAUAUGCGGGAGGACUGACAGCUAUGGACUCCACAAGCAUAGUGGCCAGUGCUUAACCUGUGCUAGUGAAACCCUUCUUUUUCAAGCUAAAGACUCAUGCCAGCAGUGCAGAAUCACUCCAUGUUGACUGUUCUCCUGUUGAGGUAGUGUUGGUUUGUUUUCAUAGUCCUGGUUAAUGUGUCAGUAGGUAUUCAGAGGUUCCUGGUGCGCCCAGACCCGUCACUUUUACUUCACUCUUCCUGGAGAGCCAGAAACUUUCAUUUUUAUUGAUUUAUUUUUUCCUUUUUAGUGUUUGUAAUUGUGUCUGUGUAUUCAUUGUCACUGAGCACAAAUCCCAGGUUAGUACAGGUGUCGUUUCUAAUAGUUGGAUGGUAAUAACUGGAAUUGCUCUGUCAGAAACAUGCAUGCAUACACAGAAAACCUCUGCAAGGCACAUUACACACAAAUUAUAUCGAGAGAUUUUUUCAUAACCCCACCUCUGGUCAACUCCACUAAUGAAUUUUAUAAUAGAUGAUCAUUGCAGAAGCUAUGCAAUACUGUGAUCCCUUUUUUUCUUGCUAAUGCAUUUUUAACUAAUGUAAUUCCCAACUCUGGAGGGUGCAGUAAAACCAUUAACAAACGAAGCGUUACAGAAGGGUUACUUGAAGGGUUAUUUGUAUAGAUGUUUUUUUUUAAUUUUAUUUUUUUUAUGACAGUUGCAAAAGAUGUGACUAUCAUUUGAACCCUAAAACUCUUUGAUAUUUUAGGGACCUGAAAAAGAGGGUGAGUUCACUAGCACACUGGUUCAACCCCUGCCCCCAGUCACACUCAACAGAAACAAUAUUUAUGUAACGUCUCGACGAGCUCUCAUGUAGCAUGUAAAGAGUGUGUCUCUGCGUGUGGAUGUAUGUGUUUGUCGUUCAAAUCUUGGUUUAAAUUGUUUUUUAUAUAUAAAAGAAUAAGCAGUAUUAGGUAGGCAACUCAGGUGAGCUUACGAACAAACACUGCUUCUGACAGGCUUUAUAUUAGCUCUGAUUUUAACAUCAAAACUAGAUUAACAAAUUUGGAGCAUGUUUUUUUUUUUUAAAUGAUUUUUUUAAUGCUUUACAUUUUGCUCAGUGCAAAAUGUAAAGCAUUUUCUGUUGGGAAAAAAAAGUGGUCUCCACUUAAAAAGGGGUUCAUUCCCUUUAAAGCAAUAAAAUAUUUAUUUAUUUCUUUUCAGUUGCACUAAGGAGCCAGUAGGUGUCAGUAUGUGCUACUUAGUAUUACCUUUUGAACAAACUUUUUGAACAAACAAACUUGCCUUAAUGAAAAGCAAGGCUGUGCACUGUGUUUGUCUCAGAAUUAUUGCAGUCUUCUCAGCUUCAUGGUCGGGCUGCCUAAUCACAUGACUCACAAAAGAGACAGCAAGCAGGAAUUCAUUAGCGAACUCCCCCCCCCCCCAGGUUUAACAAAGAGCACUUGGUUAAACUGGGUCUAGGUUGCGGUUGCGCUGCGCUUGACCGUUGUGUAGCAGAAUGAGACUUUGCUAUUGAAGGGGAAGCAGGCGUGUUUUAGCGUGGUGGAUGUUCUGCCGUUUUGGGUCAAAUUAAGCUGAAAAGCAAGUUCUUAAAAGAACCGAACCUGUUGAGUCAUUUGAACCCCACGCAUAUACAUGCUUAACUGAAAAGCAUAAGCUUAAACACAAAACAGAAAAAAUAAAUAAAUAAAUUGCCAGGGAUGCAAACGCCUGUAAACCUCGCUCAUAAUGAGAGUUCAAAUAUUGUGCAAGGAUUAUUUAUACCGAUAAAAUAAAUCAAGCAAUAAAAAUGAGUCAUGAGAAGGCGACGUGCAGUUAGUUGUAUUGGAUAUUAGCAGUCCGUUAGAGGAAUUGUUUGUUGGCGUCAAUGAAGUAGUAACUUUAUUAACUGGUUACCAUGGCAGCAGUGGCCCUCGAAUCAUUGCAUGCAGUACGUCAGUAGUUUUAGUUCAAGAAGAAUCCCUUGUAGAUUCCUGCGGCCGGCGCUGUCACUAUCAGACUCAUAUCCGUCUCAGCAUGUCAUCUCUCUAAACUAGUAAUUCGACACUCUGAUUGGCCAGUGGGUUGCGAUGCUGUGAUUUGCCUGCAAGAUAAAACGUGUUAAAGACCUUUUCGUUAACCACAAUUGAGAUACGUUAUUUGAAAUGGUGUUGCAACUCAAUGUAAGGCAGCCAAAGCGUAUAGCUCUUUAUAAUUUUGAUUUAAUGACGCCAAUGUGAGCUAGGAACUAAAGUAAAAAAAAAAAAAAAAAGUUGCACGAUGUUCUAAGGAUAUCCAACGCUGGAAAUCACGCACGCUGUUGAGUAUUUCCUCGGACCAUUUCUACCCUCCUUUAAAAAUGCAACUGAUACCUGUUAGCCAUUUGUUUUUUUUGUCUGAGAAACGCGUUAAUAGUAAAACUGGUUUAAUUUAUCGGCUUUUAAAAUCUUACUUUUUCAUGUAAAAACAUAAAAAUACUUUAUUUUUUCAUUGUAGUUUGAAUAAAGAUUCGUCGCUAAUUAACAUGUUGCAAUCUCGUUUGGACGGUCUACUUGUAAAUAAAAAAUGAAUGCAUGACCGAUUUAAAAGCCAAUUCAUGCUUCACAGGAAAAAAAAAAAACAUGAAUUAAAUCAUUUUUACUAUUAACACGUUUCUCGGUUGUGAUUGAGAGACACUAAUAGCUCAACAGACAUCAAUCGCAUUCUGAAGGAGAGUAUAAAAGUCGGAGUAUCAGAAGCAUUAUUAUAAUGAGUCAGGUUCCAUAUCAUUUAUAUGGCUAUUAUCAAGCAUUCUCUGUCAUACUGUAAGCUUUAGGCUUAGGGGAUAGACUUUGUUGGGGAUGCUGAUAAUGUGCUAUCAACAUAAUGAUUGAAAGCACAAGCACAUUAAAUCAUGCAUUAGGGAUUAAGGUCUAAUUAUACAAGCACUUCAGGCAUUUACGUCAUGCAUCAGAGUUUGCAUGCAUUACAUGCUGUAUACUGCAGCGGUUCCCAACCCCCUGGUCCUGAGGACUCCCUGUGUCUGCUGGUUUUCAUUCCGACGGAGCGCUCAAUUACUUAACGAGACCUUUAAUUGAGCUGAUAAUUGGUUUAAUGAGACCUUUAACUGUUUUUAGCUCUUCAGCCGUUUAAUUUCAGGGUAUAGUUAAGUACGGUAAUUGAGAGUUCCGUUAGAACGAAACCCGGCAGACACAGGGAGGUCCCGGGAUCAGGGCUGGGAACCACUGCUCUGUGGGACUCUAAUCAUGCACUGUGACGUAUCACGCACAAUGCAUCUCACGAGCAUUCACAGCAUCCUGCACUGUUGGAAACACACUGUCGACCAGGACUGCAUGAUGCACACAAACCGUACGACCUACAUGCACCAGUCGAAUGCUGUGCAUGUUUUAUAUGCAUGCUUCUUUCAUUCGUUAGACCCUUGUUGCAUCCGCCCGCACCCCAUCCCUCCCCAACACCCCCACGCAUUAGUCUGUGCAUCUUAUGUAAAGAUACACAAAUGAAAUAUUACACAAUACAAGCUAAUAAACUAAUAGUCUAAAAAAAAGUCUUCCAGUAUGAUUUAUGUCUUUUGCGUUUUCAAAACGGAAAGCUUUUAACCAAAUAACGAUCUCAAGCUAACAAAGUAAAAAAUAAAUAUUUAUUAACUGAAUACAGUACCUCACUUGAUUUAAUUUAUUUGUUUCAAUAAAGUUUUAUGAAGAA